AUGUUUGUGCUGCACUUCAGAGUCGAGCUGCAGGAGAUCCACAAAUCUAUUUUAAUCUUACAGGCUCAGAACAAGCAGACGGGCGUCCUCGCUGCAGCCAAAGUUAUUGACACAAAGACUGAGGAGGAGCUGGAGGACUACAUGGUGGAGAUUGACAUCCUCGCCUCCUGCGACCACCAAAACAUUGUCAAACUGCUCGAUGCUUUCUAUUACGAGAGCAAACUGUGGGUGAGUAGAAGGAUGUGCUGUGUGAUCACUGUGCAGACUCUGCAGGCGCUCGUCUACCUCCACGAAAACAAAAUCAUCCACAGAGACCUGAAAGCCGGCAACAUCCUCCUCACGCUGGACGGUGACGUCAAGCUGGCGGACUUCGGUGUGUCUGCCAGGAACACCAAAACACUCCAGAGAAGAGACUCUUUCAUUGGAACGCCGUACUGGAUGGCUCCAGAGGUGGUGAUGUGCGAGACGUCCAAGGACCGUCCGUACGACUACAAGGCUGACAUCUGGUCCCUCGGGGUCACCCUGAUUGAGAUGGCACAGGUGGAGCCACCAAACCAUGAGAUGAACCCCAUGAGAGUUCUGCUGAAAAUAGCCAAGGCCGAUCCUCCGACGCUGAUGCAGCCGUCACGCUGGUCUCCAGAAUUUAGCGAUUUCCUGAAGCGCUGCCUGGACAAGAACAUCGACAACAGAUGGAGUGCGAUGCAGCUUCUGCAGCAUUCAUUCGUGUCUAGUGUGACGGACAGUAGGCCACUGAGGGAGCUGAUCGCUGAGGCGAAGGCUGAGGUCACCGAGGAGAUAGAAGAGCACAAAGAAGAAGAGGAGGAGGAAGAGACAGAGGCACGUCCGGGUCAUAAACGCGCUCCUUCUGAUGUCAGCGUCGGCAGCUCUGAGGAUGAGAAGAUCCCCCUCUCUCCCUCCAGUUUGGAAUCCGUCCCUGAGAAGGCGGAGCCAAUUCUUCCUUUGCCCAUACCUGCUGAUCUCCCUGUGGCCAACCACGUGGUGAGCACCAGCUUCGUAGAGGAACCUGCUGCUCCUGCUCCUGCUGCAGCAGACCCUGCAGAGGAGGCAUUAAACACUCCAGUUAAGGAUGAAGAGGCAGAAAAGAAGCCGGUAGAGGAAGAAGUUCCAGAAGUUCCUCUGGCUGAUAUCACCCCGCCAGAGUCUGAGCCGGAGACACCUGCUAAGGAGCUACAGCAGCUGGAACUAGCUGUGGAGGAUGAGAAGGAGGUGGACACAGCUGAGGAUGAGGAGCGCUCACAGGUCACUGAGGCUUCUCAGGAGGAAAAGACGCCCAUCACAGAGGAAGCAAACACUCCAGCAGAGAAGGAAGAGGAAGAUCGGUACAAGCAUCUAAAGGUGACUCUGACACUACCAGAUCAAGAUAACGCUGUCCUGAAGGAGGAGGGUGGAGAGAAGCCCACAGAGAAGGAUGAGAAGACGGUGCCAGACAGAGCGAAGGACAACAAAGAGAGAGAUUCGGAUUCUGGAAACAGCUCAGCUGCAGAUAACAGCAGCGUAGACCUGAAUCUGUCCAUCUCGAGCUUCCUGUCCAAAGCAAAAGAGGCUGGAUCUGUUUCCAUACAGGACACCAAGCGGCAGAAGAAGACGCUGAAGAAGACUCGCAAAUUCAUUGUGGAUGGAGUGGAAGUUAGCGUCACGACAUCAAAGAUCAUCACAGACAAUGACACCAAGAACGAGGAGAUGAGGUUCCUCAGGCGACAGGAGCUGAGGGAGCUGCGUCUCCUGCAGAAGGAGGAGCAGAGGGCCCAGCAGCAGCUCAGCAACAAGCUGCAGCAGCAGAAGGAGCAGAUCUACCGACGGUUCCCGUCUGUCCUCCAGAGUAAGAAGCGACAGUACGACCAGGAGGUGGAGAACCUGGAGCGGCAGCAGAAGCAGACGAUUGAGAGGCUGGAGCAGGAGCACACCAGCCGGCUCAGAGACGAGGCCAAACGCAUCAAAGGCGAGCAGGAGAAAGAACUCGCCAAGUACCAGAACGUGCUGAAGAACCGCAAGAAAGAGGAACAGGAGUUUCUGCAGAAGCAGCAGCAGGAUCUGGACAGCGCCCUGAAGAAGAUCAUCCAGCAGCACAAACACGAGCUCGCCACCAUCGAGAGAGACUGCCUCAACCACAAGCAGCAGCUCCUCCGAGCACGGGAGGCCGCCAUGUGGGAGCUGGAAGAGCGCCAUCUGCAGGAGAAACACCAGCUGCUCAAACAGCAGCUCAAAGACCAGUACUUCAUGCAGAGGCAUCAGCUGCUGAAGAGACACGAGAAGGAGAUGGAGCAGAUGCAGCGCUACAACCAGCGUCUGAUCGAGGAGAUGAAGAACAAGCAGACGCAGGAGAAAGCCCGACUGCCCAAGAUCCAGCGCAGCGAAGCCAAAACCCGCAUGGCCAUGUUCAAGAAGAGCCUCCGCAUCACCGGCGCCAUCAUCAGCCCCGAGCAGGAGAGGGAGAAGGUCAAACAGUUCGCAGCUCAGGAAGAGAAGAGGCAGAAGAACGAGCGGCUGCACCAACAGCAGAAGCACGAAAACCAGAUGAGAGACCUGCAGCUCCAGUGCGACGCCAACAUCCGCGAGCUGCAGCAGCUGCAGAACGAGAAGUGCCACCUGCUGAUCGAACACGAGACCCAGAAGCUGAAGGAGCUGGACGAGGAGCACAGCCUGGAGCUGAAGGAGUGGAGGGAGAAACUGCGACCCAGGAAGAAGGCGCUGGAGGAGGAGUUCGCCAGGAAGCUGCAGGAACAGGAAGUGUUCUUCAAGAUGAGCGGCGAGUCGGAGUGCCUUAAUCCCUCCACCCAGACCCGCAUCUCCAAGUUCUAUCCGAUCCCCAGCGUCCAGUCCACCGGCUUCUAGAGGACACCGACGUCUGCACACACACGGACAAACGAACGGAUGCGCCGACGGAGACGGUGAAGACUGAGCCGUGCUGCCUUUGACCUCUGACCUCUGACAGACUUUUCCUCUGUUUUCUAUCAGGAUCCAUUUGAAGGAGAGUUCGUGUGAAGCGCUCAGUCCAACCUCCCUGAAGUAUUUUUCUAAACAGUGCAGUGCCUGCAGAGUGUCUGCAUUUAAAUUCAAUUAAUUCCCAAUUUUAUUUGCUGCUCGACGUUUUUCCCGUUUAGAUUUUUGCACAAAAGAAAUGAUGAAAACUAGUUUUACCACUAAAUCUGAAUAAAUAAGAUCAGUAAGAAUCACUUUUAAGUGAUGAUGAAGGAGAAUGUAUUGCAGAUAAAAGAGGAGCCUCCUGUCGAAGGGCUGAUGACGUUUGAUGAACUCGUACAUAUCUGUGUGUGCUAGAACCUUAGCUCGUGAUCUGAUGCAUGACUUUAAUGCAGCGUUUAGGAACUUUUACUGCAGGUUUUUCUUCAGAAUGCCUUCAGUCUUGAGCUCAAGACUAUUAGUUGUUUAGGAACAAACCCCGUGAGGAGGGUGGAGACUGUUAGGAAGUCACUGUGGCGACAGGUGGAAAGCAUUUACGCACCCGUCAGCUGGGUCAUUUUCCUUGUUGUUGUCUGUAGGAAUGAUAUUCAGGGAUGAAGAAGGAAUACAAACUGCAGUUUUUAAGACAAAUAACCGGACGAUGAUGUGACGCCGCGAUCUGAUUUUAGGGUUUGAGCGAGCUUCCCUUCAGAGUCAUCUCCUCGUGUUGCUCUGGAUUAUUUCUGCUCUUGUUUUAAAACGUUUCCCCACAAACACGUCUGCACUUCUGUUUCACACAGAUUUGAUUUUCACGUUCUCGCCUGUUUCUCAAAUUAUUUUCUUCCACAUUCAGUGUUCGUCUCUCCUCCACUAUUGAUUUAUUGAAGGAUGCUUUCACAGAGCUCUCUGCUCACCACCUGUCGUCCUCGGCAGGUUCGUUGAUGGAGGCACUUCACACAGGCACAGUGAUACAAAGUGACUGCUGUAGAAAAUAGUCCCGAGGAGCACAAGGAGAUGAUCUUAACCGAGAGAUCAGUUAAACUAAGUCACAUGACUCCAUCACACCUCACAUUUGCCUCGUCUGUAUUGUUGCUGCCACAUGCAGCUCAGCAGGUUUGGACUGUAACACUGUUUUAGCUACUAGCCUUAAUGCUACAGACGUGGAUACCCUGCAUACCUGUUGUGACUGCCUUUGAAGGAAUUCUGAAGCUUAUUAACAGUUAUCGAGGAGGUGCGACGGCUCUUUAUUAAAAAAUGCACAACAUGAGCUUUUUGCAGUUUUUUUUUUUAUUAUUAUUAUUAUUAAAUCUGAUGUAAUGUUAUAAAAAAAAUUGGACCUGACUGGUUUAGGCCAUCUCCUCCUCUGAUUGGUUCAUUUGAUCAUCUCAUCUUCUUUGAUUGGCUGUUAUUAGUUAGUCAAAGGUGUUUCAUAUCAUAUGUACAAAAAAACUAAACUCAGUGAAGGAGUGCUGUGCACCUUUUACAAAACGUCCUCAGCAGUUAUUUAUGUACGAAAGCUGAUCGUCCACCACAAACAGUUACAAAAUUCUGGUUCUUAACUUCUGAAUGUUGACUAUAAAACAAACAUCACAUUUUAUAACAUGUAUAGUUUUUAGAAGGCCUGUAAUGCUGAUUUUCAUUUUCAUGUAAAUAAACUUUUCUCUCUAA